UUUCCUUCUCUAGGAUCAGACUACUACUAUACAGCCAACCCACCAGCGAGUAGGCAGUUUUUUGGAUCACUCUUUCUUUUUUUACCUCUAGUUCCCUCUGCUAAAAAAGUUUAGUAAAUUCAGAUUACCCCCUAGAGAGCACCUGGCAAACACUGACUUGCCCUCAGGUAGAAUAGCUUUGUUUCCUUGGUGCAGAUUACUGGUUGCUCCCUGAUCUCUGGGAAAAGGACACACAGCAUAGCAUGCCAAUCCUAAUCACCCAAGCUGCCAGCUUCUCUCUCUUCUUCUUCUGGAUCAUAUCUCUGCUUUGCCCUGCUUUCUUUAGCCCUUGUUGGGCUGUGUCUUUCCUAGUUACCCCCACACACACUUCGCUCCCUCUCUGCCCCCACCAUUCUUUCCCAGUUCCUCUCCUGCCCCGCCUCUCUGCUCUGGACGCAUCUCUGAGCCCCAUCAUCACCAAGCGCCAGGCACUCCCUCUCUCCCUCCCUCUUCUUUUCUCCUCCCUCCUUUCCUCCCUCCCACCUCCUGCACCAGGAAACUGCCUAGAGCCUGGGGAGCGGCCUGACCCGGCUCCAUAGCUGGGAGGAUGAAAGGCCUCAGCUGGGGGCUCCCUGCCACCAGCGCUGUGUCUUAGGAGCUGCUGCCCAGGCUUGCCAGCCAGAUGGCGACUCCAGCCUCAGCCCCAGAUACUCGAGCCCUGGUGGCAGAUUUUGUGGGUUAUAAGCUAAGGCAGAAGGGCUAUGCCUGUGGAACUGGCCCAGGAGAGGGCCCUACAAAUGAGCCUCUGCACCGGGCCAUGCGAGCCGCUGGAGAUGAGUUUGAGUCCCGUUUCCGACGCACAUUUUCUGAUCUGGCUGCUCAGUUGCAUGUGACUCCUGGCUCAGCCCAGCAGCGCUUUACCCAGGUCUCAGAUGAGCUCUUCCAGGGGGGGGCCAACUGGGGCCGUCUUGUGGCAUUCUUCGUCUUUGGGGCAGCGCUCUGUGCAGAGAGCGUCAACAAAGAGAUGGAGCCACUGGUGGGACAGGUUCAGGAUUGGAUGGUGACCUACCUAGAGACACAGCUGGCAGACUGGAUCCACAGCAGCGGGGGCUGGGCGGAAUUCACGGCUCUGUACGGGGAUGGGGCCCUGGAGGAGGCAAGGCGUCUGCGGGAGGGGAACUGGGCCUCAGUGCGUACAGUGCUAACAGGGGCUGUGGCACUGGGGGCUCUGGUGACUGUGGGGGCCUUCUUUGCCAGCAAGUGAGAACUCAACCCAGUGUUGGGUCUAGAGUGGCUGUGGGAAGGAGAGAGUAGGGUAGAAUGGAGAGAACCCCUUGGGAGAGGUGGGAUGGAUGAAUGGGGAAGGGAUAGGGAUAAAAGGGGAUGCACUGGGGGAGGUGGGGAGGGAUUGGGGGGGAAUAAGUGAACUCUGUAUGUCAGGCAGGAGUUUGGAAGGUUGAGCUAAAGAAAUGUGGAAGACACAUCUGGAAAGUCAAUGUGUGCAAGACAGGGAGAGUCACAGCAGGAUUGGGGCCAGGAUUGGGUGGGUUUUAGAAAGCAAUACCCAUAAAUUGAGCAGUGUGGAGAGGAGAGGUCAUCCUCUAGGGAAUUUGGGAUUUGCAACCCUAGGGGGUGGUGGACUUUUUGAGGGAGUACAGUAAAAAUAUACGAGAGAUGAAGUCUUCAUUGGAUAAGUAAGAUUAGGGGAGAAAGUUUUAGGAUCUUUGGAAUGACUGUGGGUACCCUGGGGUUCUCAGUUUGCAGUGAGAAGUGGGUGUUUUAAGUGGGGUGCUUGGAUGUGUGUGUAUGUGUGCACUUGUGAGCUUUGUGUACCUGGUGUGGUGAUAGAAUUCUUCCUCAAGGAAAAAUAACUUUCCCUAGCAAUGAACAAGAGGAGUUAGAUCUCCCCUUGGUUGCCCCAGUGCUGGGGAUAGGGGGUAAGAGGUAGGGGACUAUAGACUGAGAAUUUUGAGGCUUUUCUGCAGAAAGUAGUAAGCAGAAUUUGAAGAGGGCAGAGUAUGCUAGUUGAAAUGGCUCAGUUUUGUAGUUGUCUUCACUUCCCUCAUUAGUCCCCUCUCCAUGCCUUUAGCACUUGCUGCUGCCCCUUCUAGGGCUCUGGACAAAGCAGAACUAAGGAGCUUUCGGAGGGAAGGACAUUUUAUCAUCUGUCCCCCUUUUUCCAGUGGGGUGCAGUGGUGCCUGGAAAGGUUCCCUAUCUCUGGGACCUCUCUACCCAAAUUUAAACACUAAAUUGGGGUUGAAAUUUCCCUUUUUGAAAGUAUGAAUACAAAUAUUGAUCCAGAACCUAGCUCUGUGUACUAAACACUAAGCCUCAGUGAAACUGAGUCUAUAUGCCUUGAGAGGGACAUUCCCAGCUCUGAACUCAGGGGUGGGAGUAGGGUAUACUCUAGAAGCCAACCCAUUCCACGUGGUGGGCAUUGCUGCUGCUAGAUCAAAGGCCAGGUAUAUGGGUUCUAGAGUGCAUACCAUGAUCUAGAAACAUUUAUGUAUGCUUUGAAGCUAGGCUGGUUGCAUGGGUGUUAACUGUCUGCAUCUCUUAGUGUGAGAAUGCUGGAUUUCUGUAACCCACAAAAGGAUCCAGAAAUAACUCUUUCUUUGAAGGAAGGAACUCUUCCUUCCUCUGGAUGCAUGGCCCUGAGCCAGACCUUGCUGCUGCACUUUCCAAGGUGCUAAAAUUGCUGCUCUUAAAUGCUGACUCCAGAUAUGCUGUGCUCUAGAACCCUGCCUGUGAUCCAGAGCACUGACUUGCUCAUCUAGAACACAGUUGGCUCUUCUGGGUAGAGACUUUUACUUGGUCCCAGAAUGUGGCAACUUAGUUGCGCUGCUCUAGAAUGUGGGACCAAUCUUGGCCUCAGGUGUUUAAUCCAAACUUUUGCUUUUGAAAGCUGUGUUCCUUAAGAGGAAUUUGUAGGGGAGGUGACACACAUUCUGCUGAGACUGUACUGGGUGAGAUGGUAUCAUGAGCCAGAAAGCACUGAGUCAGUUACAGGUGAUUAGCAUGGAGAGGAGGACAGUUAACACUGACUUAAUAGUGACAAACCCAGACCAACUAACAGCUCACAAUUGGAGUUUAUGUUCCUCUACCCUUACAACACAGCUCUUUCCCCCACCCUCUAUCACAGACUCCUAACCUGUGGCCCCUGUUAGCUCCCUUAUGGGUCUUUACUAACAGGGGUACCAGGAACCAUGGUCAGAAGGACAAAAAACGCACUGCUAAGAGGCUCCUGCUCCUGGAUGGAGGGCAGGGGUUAUUGAUUUAAAGGGGAGGAUGCUCAGACUUGGUCUCUAGAAGCAUUGGCUGUAUUGGGACCACAAUGGGCAGUUUUGGCCAGACACUCCUUGUGGGAGCAAUGGAAGCCCCUAAGAUCUUUCCUUCAGAAAACCAGGGACUUUUCUAUUUGGGGCUAUUCAGUUCCUGGGGGUUGUCUCUUAGCCAAGCAGGCUGAGUGUGACUCCCUGUUUUUAAGUCCAUUUCAUUAAAAGUAGGGGGAAACACAUUUAAUUGCCAUUUUCAAAAGGGUAAAACUUGGUGGAGAGGCUGGGGAGGAGUGUUUCUUGCUCCCAAGAACCCAUAGGGGCAAGUGGGAGGCUUUGCUUAGGCCAUGGGAGGAGUGGAGAUGGGGCAGCUAGGUCCUGAGAGUGCUUAUCCCACUCCCCACUUCUGCCAGGACAUACAUUAUUUUUCUUUUUCAAGUCAGAAAACAAUGCGAGAACGGAUUUGGUUAGUUUAGAAGAAAAGAAAAAAGCUCUAUAAAUAUAAAUAUAUAUUCAUGUAUUUUUAUUUAAUAAUUUAUAAAUACUGGGUUAAUUUGACUUUUAUUUUUGUGUAAUAUGUAAUGGUCGUAUUAAAAAAUAAAAUCCAGAAGUUUAAUGAGGACUGAACAGGGUUUGUGACUUAUGCAUUUACAACUGGAAGGAUGGGGUGGGUGGAUACUGACCUCACUCCAAUCACCUUUCUGUGUAUUUUUUUAGGAGUAGAAAUUAAGCUAGGAGGGAUGUGGGAACUUGGGGAAUUCCUAAUAAAGAAUUAACAUGAUAAGAGCCUCUGCUUUCAUCCACAUGACCUAAGCCAAUAUUUCUCUGACAAACAAGGACCUAGGCAAGAAUAUAUGUGGCAAUCCUGGCCUUUUCUAUACUUUUCUGUCUCAUCUUCUCCUUCCCUGCCAUCUCCCUCCACAUCCCAGCUAUGGUUCUCAGGCUUUAAACUUCAUUUGGAAGAUUGAUUUUGCUUGAUUAGAAUCAGAGUACUAUAGCAGAUAGAGCUGAGUGAGUGAGAAAGAACUGGGUUCAUAUCUGACUUCUUAUUCAUGCUUUCUUUGUGACUUUGGGCAAAUUAGCUAACCCUCUCAAUGGUCCAGGGAACUCUCUUGAGACUAGAUUUCAGAACAGUUGCUUAUAUCUGCAUUGGUUGAAGUUUUCUCACUGGGAGUUAUCCUAUCAAUGAAAUUCUUUAUGAAUUCACAAGUUUGAAAAAAAGCCUGCCGUGUGUUUUAGAUUUAAUAGUUAUGAAAAAAAAAAUACAGCUUUUGUACCUUCUCUAAUUGCCUUAAUCAGUGGAUCCUAAUCAUUUAAUAUAUGAGCUGUAGACUCUAGUCUAUUCCUCUGCUUCUAAGCAGGGCUUUUUUCAAAACCCAUUUCUGACAAAAAUCGUUAUUUACAAAAACUCUUCAGGCAACAAGAUUCCAGGCUUUAUGUAAUAUACUAUAUUAUCCUCCCAGCUCCAAACAGUCCUUACCAUAGUUUGGAAAUCCUUUUAUUUAUCUUGACUGCCUUUUGUUGCAGUUUCAGAAAAUUUACUUGUGUUCUAUUCUCCAAAGAACAGGAGAACAGCUAGUACCCAUCUGGAGUUCUUUUGCCUCCUCUCAUCCACUCCCCCAAACUUCAGAUUCCAGCCAAGUCCUACAUUUUUCCUCUACUCCAUCUUGACCAUCUGCCCUAUCUUGCUCUCUCCCCAGUUUUAAAACUGUUGCUUACAACAACUUCCCACCAUACAUCUGAGCAGCCUUAUUUCCAGUAGUUCAACUCUCACCUUUCUACCAUCUCAGGACCUCUUUACUUGAUCCAGAAAUAGUGUUUAUUUCUCUCCAUUAAAAGUUUAAUUAAUUUGAGUCGCAAAAUGUGCUAGAAGCUGGGAGUACAAGUGUGAAACAAAACAGUCCUUACAGUUAAGGACCUUGUAAUCUAAUAGGCAAGUGAUUGUUAUUUGAAGGUUUUUAUGUGGUGCUGACUACUUCUAAAACAGUCUCUGUUAAGCUUGUAGUACCAUACAUUCGGUGCAUUCAUGUUUCUUUCUGAUAGAAACUCUUUAAUAUGGAGUGAUGAGUAAAAGUAUCUCCAAAUUCAUUAAACUCUUUAGAGUGUAUCAAUUAUACAGUAGCAAUGCAUUUCUGCUUUCAUUGUGUGACUUACAUUGUGAACUCCUUUGUUUAGACUAUUUGGGUCCUAAGCCAAGCCUAUAAACAAAAUCAAUUCGAUUCUUCUUUCAAGGUACAUGAUGAUCAAGCAUUUAUUAGGUGCUAGUCUAUGCUACUUGAUGAACUUUCUUUUUGCAUGAUAUUUAUGAGUUAUUUAAUCUUUUUUCCUUUUCAUCUAUAUCAUCUUAGUAGGACUUUAUAAGAUUAGGUCAGGUCAACUUUCUGGUAACGAGCCUCUUCAAACUUAGCUAGAGGUUUGUCUGUGGCUGACCAUAGCCAGAUGUUUGGCCUCUUCUAAAAAGCCUUAAUACUUUGUUUAGAUCUGCUAGUGCCUGGAUGGACUCUGUUGGUGCAGUAUUUGAGAACCCCUGAUCAGUUCUAUAUUAUCUACUGUCCUGCAGUAAGACUUGAGUAGGACAGACAUAUACUGUGUGAAGGUAAAACACAUUGCAACCCCAAUAAAUAGAUUGAUAAUCUGGUUUCGUCCUGCCAAAGCCACUGCUUUGUCAGCCUCGGUCCCUUUGUUAGGGACCUUGACGGGCAAUGGAGAGCGGAGAAAAGGAGUUGCUAUUUAUGAACUUUUAGAGAGUAAGGUUUCAAAUUAAAUCUUCUAGCGUAGCGCUGUAAAGCCCAUCUGUGUCUAUGGCAAGAUGCUGCAACUUGGCCAUCUCCCCUUUUUUUCAAUGUCAAGAUGAAUCUUGAACCACAGGCAAGUCAAAAAGUGUUUCCCACCAGUCGGGUAGCCUACAGUCCUUCUAAGGGGAAGGUAUUCCUUACUCUCCAAGUGGAAACGGGGCAGGCUUCACGGACGAGGGGCAGGCUGAGUUGGUGUGCUGGUUUCUGCUUCAUGUUUAUGGGAGAGGUUUCUGGAAGUACAGAGGGAGCAGCAGACCUUGGGAAAGGUCAGGAGAGAAGGGGUGAAGCAGUCACUCUUGAAUGCAAGUCGAAUCCUGAAUGGAAUAUUGUGGUUCGUGAAACAUCAUACAAACGCUCCUAGUCUAGCAAUCUACCCUCGGGAAGAUACGUCUUUCCCUUCUCAGGGUUCACUUGCUUUCCGAGUGACUGAAGAAAGCAAGAUGGCGGCACCCUCAGAACUCGAUCAUAUGACCUAAGGUCCCGUGCUCUGACAUUGGCAGUCCGUUUGGCUGAAGCGGUCACGUGUUGUAACCUAGGUUGGGGGGCCCUUCGAACCUCUGGGACCAAUCGGCAACCGAGCUUCGGAUAAGGUUGUGGGGCGGUGUGCGUGAGGUUCCGUUCCGCCUUUCGUAGUUAGUGGCCAAUCGCAUCGCACGACAGCAUGAGUGCCGAGAGGGGGCGCGGCCCAUAGGGAGAGAGAGGCGGGGAUGGCGUCACAGCGUGGCAGGAUUGUUACCUAAUGACGGGAGAAGGCGGGACCGACGUUGACUGACAGGCAAGUUUCCCUUACCGAGAUUCGAGGAUUUGGCUAGCUACCCCGCCUUAGAGGCGUGAUCUUAUUUGAUUGCCAAGUAAUUCUACCCAAUGGACUCCGAGCGACUGGUGACGGGCAGGCUCCUUGGCUAAUGAGCCCCCAGCGUGGCCGGCGCGGCUCUCCAAUCGCCGGGCGGCGGGCCCCAGUCUGA